AUGGCGACCAAGUAAACAACGAAAUAACACGACAGAAAUUUGAUAAGGUGUGACUGUGAUAUCUGAGGAGAAACGAUUUGUUUACGCAAUCGACAAAUAGAACAGUGAGAUGGCAGCAUUUAACUCGGAUGGGUUUUCCGACAACUUUGAUGGGUCUGAAUUUGAUGCCCAUCGAAAAGCCAAAAUAUUGACAGAAAAGAAUGAAAAAAGUGAAGGUUUUGACAAUCCAUGCCUAGACAUAGAUGAUGGAACAGACAGUUCCCCCGCCACUCUUCCGGUCACCCAGGACGACAUCCACAUCGACACUUCCCUGCAAAGCAAUGGACACGCUACCUCCAAUACGUCAUCAUUGACAAUGACAUCACUUCCUGUUCUAUAUACCACAGAAACAGGUGGUUCUAAAGUCGUUGAAGAACAGGUCAUAAUCGGAGGUUCUAACGGAAAAACAAUUCAAACUCAACAGACAUGUUGCCAAAAUGUUCCAGAAAGAUGGAGGGAUAUAGAACGUCAAAAACCCUUGACUCAAACCCGAAUCAAAGUGCUCAAAAUUUUAAGUAUUGUAGCGUUAUUUUUAUUUUUUCCACUCGGGAUUCCGGCUGUUAUUUUUGCAUUUAGACUUCAGUCCACCCUGAAUGAAGGUAUAAUGCAAGGAAACAUAGACAAAGCAAUAAGUUUGGCCAAACGGGUAGAGCGACUUAUUAUCUUUGCCGGGCUCUUUGCUUUAUUAACAGGAAUUUUAGUUUUUGCCCUUGUUGAAAGAGCGCAUAUGUCUGAUGAAGAAUUGAAGGCAAACCUUAGAAACAGAAUAUUACCUGGCUAAUACUAGAUAUAUUAUAAUAAUUAGUAAUUAAAGUUGUGAAGUGGUAAAGAACAAAAUAGCAGAAUCUCUUAAGUGAUAAGUGCCAAACAUGUUAAUGGUAUUUUUGGCAGUGUGUAUAAUUUGGGAUAUUUUUGUAACUCUUACAUUCAGAAUCUUAUUAUUUAUUUGUGUUCUUUUACCUGUGAGAAUUACUGGAUUGUUUUAUAUUUUUAUAGUUGUAAUUUUGUUUUCAUUGCCACAAUAUUUAGACAAAUAAUUGUUUUGUCUAUCAACCUUACACUGAUAUUAUAAUGGUACUAUUUAUAGAAUCUCGCGAAGUAUAUAUAUUUUUUGAGUAGUAUUUAUAGAGGGAAGGUUUCAGACAGGCACAAAUGUCUUUGAGGUUGGAAAACAUAUAACUAAAGAAAAGACGUUUUGCUUUUGAAGAUGUCUUUUUUUUAAAAGGAUUUUUGAAGUGGUGUUUUUUUGGUCAAAUAGGCAGAGGAAUUAUUUUUAAUUUGCAAUAAAAUUUUUAUUCAUAGGUAUCUUAUCACACACUUGGUCUUGGUCCUUUUAUAUGAUUACUGAAUUAUUUUACAGUUUUUACCCCGUAAAAUGUGGCAUUUUCCAAUGCAAAUGAUUUCCAUGCUGCUCGUAUGGGUACAUGUUAAAUCUUGUUAAAAAGAACACAGUCAAAUAAACAUGUUAUACAAAUUUGUUGUUCGAAUUGGGUACAUGUUUUACCUCGUUAAAUUCAACAUAAAACGUGUUGUUCAUUCUAUAAAUAGUAGAAGAUUUGAAGAAUCCAGCUGUAAAUAUAUACCAAAAAGUAUUAUUUAAAUACCUGAAUGUUCAGUUUAUUUUGAUAUUCAGUGUUUGUGAUAAUUUUGUUGUCACAUGUGUUUCUGUUACCUGUUAUUAUAUUUCUGUAUUACAUUUGGGUGAACAUCUGCAUCAGAUAUCAUGUUUAAAUGUUAUAUUUGAUAUUCUGCAUAAUAUUUACAGUAUGAAUAAAACUUGCAGUAUCGAU